AAUGUGGUGCUCGGAUAACAAAUGUCACAUGGAUAUCAGAUUCGCAAUUUAAUAUCACGGUUGAAACUCCUGAUAGUGGUUAUGCACCCCAAGGACUCGGUCACUUUACCUUUGGUCCUACUGGUUCUGAUGUGAAAGAAAGAAUUAGGUUCUUAAAUCAACCAAAAUUUUUAAAUAACCAGCGAUGUGAUCGUCCCGGUCCUGGGCAAGUUACGCCAUUCACAUCUACCUGGACAUAUGACCCUACCAAAGCACCUCCAAAAGGAAGUGAGGCUGGUUUUUGGAUUUCAGUAUAUUGGAGAUGUGAAUUUUAUCGUUCGUUUUCUGAUGCUGUUGAGUGCACUUCUGAAGAUAUAUUCGGUGUUUUUAGCAUGCCAUCUUAA